AUGGACCGCUCGUCGACACUUGGCACCAAGGGUCUAAAGUCCAUCGUUAACCAUCUUGUCUUGCCACCCAGAUUGCCUGGUACCCGUGAAGAAUUUCUUCCUUUGAUUGAUGAUGGCCUGGCUAGGCGUUUGCGUGAUGCUAGCCGUGUCUUGCGAGAACAUACGCGCGACGCGGCUAGUCAACAUUGGGAGACGCUCUGCAACAUCAUUCAGACAAGCCGAAAGCUGAACGAUGGAGGCAAGCUGGACAAUUCCACGCUCUUGACAGAGUUCUCCCGACUUGAAAAGAGGAGCCUGUUAAUUCUUCAAGUCACGGAGCAAAACGCUGGUCUUCUUAUUUACGGAGAAAAUAUUGAUUCGGAAGAUUUCGUCGUAUUUGAGUCAUUUGAGAUAUCCUCUACUGCCGAAGCCACGCUGAAAACCCCCAACGCUCUCAUUUGGGACUUCCCUGGUUCAGCUGUUGCAUUGCCAUACUCCGAGUUCAAGAAUGAAGUAUUUCAGAAUUCUCUUGCAUUUUUUCUGCAACAAGCUAGUGUUGAAUCUAUCAAAAACUUCUCAGCACGUGCUCAAAAGGCAGGUUCACUAGCCGUCGAAAGCCGAGACACCGUACGCCCCGCCUUGAUCACAGACAUGCUUAUGACUUUGGUUGAAGCAAAUGGCCGUUCCUACUAUCCAAGCCUACUUCGAAAGCGUGUGAGAGAUGAAGUCGACUGGCGGGGCGGUGCCGAAUCUCCAUGGAGGCGAAGUCCGUACUGGCUUCUGCUAAGAGUCGCAGUACAGAGGCAUCUUUACGCAAAGCACGGGCCAGAAAUAGGUCGAGCCUGCUACAAGUUUCUCAUCUGUGUCAUGCUGGGCCACAUAAUCGAGGACGCGGUCGACUCUAUAGAUCCAGAACUUUUAAAACUUUUACAAGCCAAGUUGGCCCGUCGCCUUACCAAACUGCAAGUUGACAACAACAAAGGCUCACCUGAGCUUCACAACACUACCGCGGCCAUGUUCCCUAUCCUACAGCCCUUGUUUGAAAAGAGCUUGAGUCUGGCGUCGGAAAAGAUCAAGCGGUUUUGGGAGAACUUUCAGAAAAGAAUGAGCCCAAGAAUUCCAACACUUGCACGCGAAGCUACGCCUAAAGAUCUGACAUUAUCCCUCCGCAACAGUGGGGAGUACCUAGAUGGGAUUUUGUCGUCUCACAAAGUAGCCAAGUUAGUUCACCAGCUGCCACGGUCGACAGUGUCGGAAAAAUUCGCAAAGGACGGUGCGAUAGCACAAUUUAAUCGCUUUUCACAAAUCUACUACAAAUUAUCCACGCUCGAAGCUGAAGCACAAAAGCUAUACUCUGAAGGCCUCAAAACCGAAGACUCCGAAAAGUGCUGUUCUUGCUUGGCAAAGAAGAUACACGAAUAUCUGGAUGCUGUUGGGAGCGCGUACAACGAUAACCCGGAACAAAAAAGCGUCAUGAUUCUUACUGUGAUGAGAAUGUGGACACUUUUGGAUCACAAUGCCACAAAUACCUUCCCUCUUUUGCAAAAAUACAGUCCUGGUAUCCCUCCAGAGGCCCUCGAUGCUCUUCAAGUGUUGCGAUACAUUGAUAUGGUGCACUUGCAUGGAAUACAGGAGCACUUACACCACCGCCAAUCUGCUUCCAACAAACGUACUAUUUUUGAAGACCCUUGCAGAGGCUCGUUUGCAGAAAGCUAUUACAGCGAAGCAAAAGUGGCUUUUGCUAUGAUUGAAGUCCGCUCAGCCAUAGAGAAUUCAGCUGAAAAAGCGCGUCUUGCAAAAGUGAAGGAAUGGGAAAGCCUCUCUCACAAGUUUGAUGACAUUGAGCAAAAAAUAGCUAGAGCCACAUGCAUCUAUACUUUGGACGAAGAAACGGGGGGGAUGACACACGACAUGAAACAAUGUACCAAGUGCUACCUCCAGCGUUGUGCUCGUCGAAUGCAGAUCCAGAUUUUUGAGCACCCACUUCCGCAACAAGAAGUCCACACAAGAACUGUGAUUUCUGAGCUACUAUGCCCUGCAGCACUACGUGCAUAUCGAAAUGUGACAUGGAGAAUCAUCUAUGAGCUGGGGUAUCCUGACUAUAAAAGGGAUUUACAACCGCAUCAGCUUUUGUCUGACUACGAUCCUCUGGCGGAGUUUGCCAAUCCAAAAUACCAAGGAGAAUCGGGGGUUUUGCUCGCUUCUGUUACCAAACCAUUCACGUCAACACACUACAGGGUUGUCAGAAUGCCAACCGAUUAUGACAGUAUAUUUUUACCUAAUGGGCUCAAAUUCAAAUACUAUGAUACAAGGACUGGUGUUUGGACUGGGACACCUAGGAAUCACCCAUCCUUUGCACAUCAUUGUCAGAUGAUUAUUCCAAACGGGUCACCUUUUGUCGAGCUGCAGGCCACUCUCCACAAUGCUGCCACAACUACCGGACCAACUUCAUAUGAGGUCGUGGCAAGCCAAGGUCGAUGUCCGUCUGGGUUAAGCAUGCACGAAUUCACCGCUUAUCAAAGCCUCUUUUCCGGACAUUUACGUCGCUGGCCAUCGAUAUUAGUGGAACUUGGAGCUUCUAAUUUGAACUUCAGCACAGAAGCAACGGCUUUUCUGGUGGCAUACCUGGCUGUCCACGCUGGACCCGCUCACGCUAUCGAUCCACUUCGACAGAUUCAUAACGUGUACCGCGACAAAGCCUUUUGUGACACAUUGAUCCAGCAAAUUACAAGGCGUCUUGACAAUAUAGCGGGAAACUGGCGUGAAACUCAUUCUAUGUCGAUGCUUCUUACGUUGAUCCUUCGUCUUCACGCCAUUGGUCCCAAGAGUCUACGUGCCACGGCAUUAUCACUUCUCGACAAUGUUCGUCAAAUUACUCUAAAGUGGCUUAGAAAAUUACGCCUUGAGUCCGUCAAGGCGAGUAGCUCGGAGACAUCGUUUGCGGCAUCUCGGUACACAUUCAUAGUAUCGUUGCUUUGCAAAAGAACCUUCUUAUUUUACGACCAUAAAGUUUUAGAUCCUUCUCUCCUUUCCUGCUUUAUUGAAUCCUCAAUUGCACUGCAGGACAACAUGGCUGGAAACCUACAAAAAUUAUCUCCCUCGCUGAGGAAUAGCCUGGUUGGCGACAUCAAGAUGACCUACAGCAUGCGCAACUGCCUCUUACCAUCUUUCGAAACUUCUCCUGAGGCUUUAAGCCUGGCGAUGAAUUCUAUAUGGUCCCAACCAGACGAUAGCGAGAUUGGAUUUCAGAUAUCAACCAAAACAGCCAAUAUCAACGAGUGGUGGUUUGAGUCGACCUUUCGUACUUGCCCGCAGUCUUGUGAACAGCUCAUUCAGUAUCACUUGCUCGAAGGCCAUCUCCUUAUCGAUGGAUUACCAGUGGGAAAACUGCCUUCUCAACACAGAUCUGCCGUUAUACUCGAAACACUUUUUGGAAAGCAGCCAAUCAUAGUUGUACCCUCAGGACUCUCUGGUAUGACCUACGAGGUUCCCCGCCACGUGAAAGGGCAUCGUAUCCACAUUGGGUUCCGGAACAAUGAGAUAAUUGUGCGCGCCAUUUUUAAAGGCGAUCUGUUGGAGCUCAUCCCUCCCGCCAUUUUUGCAACCUCGUCUGAGCUUGACCUGCCAAUGGAACUAUGGAAGGACUGCGUACAUUGGUUGAACCUUACAACCGGUGUUAUGGAGAUCAGACGAUUGCCUAAUAUUUGGACACCAAAAUUCGGGCACUGGAAGCUGGAUGUCCGAGAUCGAACUGCCAAACGUAAAAGGGAUUCAAAUUCAUUGAUCGACCCUCGCAGUCCAAUAUUCCACCAGAUUGCAAGAAUCUUCAAAUAUUUCGAACCUCGCGAAAGAUUGACGAUUUACCAAACGAGAAAAGGCAUAAAUGUUGAGUUACGUCGCUUAGAACUAUCAUUCUUUGUCAACCAAAAUGGGCGACUUGAAUGUAGACAAUUGAGAUCAGAAAUCGACCCAAAUCAGGAUGCUGGAACUUGGUACGGACUACAGAGCAAAAUUGUUCUACGAGACUUCCGAAAUAGGAAGAAUAAGAGCAUCCUUGUUCCCUUUGGAGAUAUUGCGUACGAGUUAUCGGGUCCCAAUGUCGUUGUUACUGUGCGAAGUGAAGGUGGCUAUGGGAGAUUUGUGAUCAAUGAGAUUUUGGGUCGGCUUGAUUGUCCACCGGAACCAAGAUUGCUGUAUCUCAAAGCUCAACUCCAUGCAUACACAUCUUACGUCCUUCCUGAUCCUCUAACAGGGCGCACUGGAUCUGAAGAAGCAAUUCAAUUCUUGAAGUCUGGGAUAUGUCAGCCAUGGACGCCUAUCACACCGGGACCGUCGCAGUGCCUUGUUUCGAUAUCCAAGCUAUCACCUAAACGAGCUUUUUAUGAAGGGAUUCGCCAGAUGCAGACUGUAGAAUGGGACCCAAACCUCAACACCGUCUCACAGAAUGAUGAAUUCAUAUGCCUAGUCCAGGGCAUCUUUGAGAAGUCAAAUACCCUUGGCAUGUUUCGCUCUCAAAAGGAGAAUGUUAUUCAAGCUGAGGUUAACAACAAUGCGAUUUUCUGUGAUGAAAAAGAGACGCAUCUUCGAAACCGGGGCAUCUGGCGGCGCAACCUCUAUGAGCGUUCUGCAAAUGUUGAAGUUGCCAGUGAUGCCCCCAAGGAUCUAGUUUACGCCAGUCGUGAUAAGUAUGCUUUUAACAAAGCUCAUUCCAAUGUUUACGUAUCAACAACAUUACUCCGACGCUGGUCCUCGAAUGUUUCAUUUCCUAUUGAUUUGAAUUCCCUUUUCUCCCAAUGGCCAACCAUAGGGGGUUUUGACCGGUCUUUCAACAAAGUCCUUGUUAGCGAUUCGCUGAAUGUCGAUUUAUCUAUGGAGUUCGGAGCACUCACAAAUCUCUGCCGGAACAGUGAGCAGAAAGAUUCUUAUAAACUGAUGUUUCUUUUCGCCCCCAUGUCUUUCAAGGAAGAAGUUGAUAUGGCUCUUGUUCGCGCCUUGAUCGGAUUCGCCACUAUAGGAACUUUGAAGGAAUUGGAACCUCCGCUCUGGCCUUCAUAUUCUCAUUUUCACUCAAAUGAAGUUCCAACCGUCGACUAUUUAAAACAGCUCAUCAAGCCCACAUGCGCUCCUUAUCCUGCAGAUGAACUCAACUUUUUAGGAGGAACACUCAGCCGCAAGGUCCGAAGCAGACAAAACGAAGCUAAGCGACAGUACCACAAGAAAGUUGACUCGGAUUGUAUGGAUAUGGCAGAGUCUUUACUCAAUAAGUGGCCUUCCCAGGAGCCUAUUUUCGACAAUGAUCGAGUGAGCUCACUUGUUGACGUCUCCAGCGCGUUGGAAAUUCUAAAGCCGGAAUGGCUGCGAUUGUAUCAUAAUUUUCAACUGUCUCAAUACAUCGAACGAGUACAAAAAUUCUUACAAGAAAAUGUCGACCAGGAUCCCGCAACUACUCCUUCUCAUGAGACCACAUGCGAGAUCUAUCCCACGCGUACACGUGGCCAGGAGAUUCCAACAUUAUAUGAUCUAUUAUCCAACGACCUCUCACACCGUGCACCUAAGAAUAAAGGUCAAAAUUCCAUGUUUUCUCGCAUCAUCGAAACACCAGCAGGGAAUGUUACCGAAGUGCCGGAGUUGACUGAGCUCAAAAAUAUCGUUCGAGAGCUGACUUACUCCGCAUCUGCAGUCGAACAAAGCUAUGCCGAGGACUUGAUGAGGAGUGUGAACUCUUUGAGCGAAAAGCCCGGUGUUUUUGCGAGCGAUGUACCAUCCUAUUCCGUCAUUCCACAGGCCUCAAAUGUGUUUUCAAUGAUUGUAGAUUUGUGCAAUUUCAUACAAUUGCGACUCAGGGCGCUUGUAUAUUCCUUUCAGGAUGACUAUCGAUCGCAGUGGUUACUGAAAGGAGAUAUAUGGCCUUGCAUAACCCCGGUGACAAUACUAAAAAGCCUUGCCUCAGCACCAGAAACUCAAUACGGAGUUGGGAUGAAGAAAGCAAUCAUCGAAUAUGGAGAAUCAAUUACAUGGCUUCAGCGUCUUCUAAGGUUAGAGGAUGCAAUCUUGAGACGCGAUUCUCACCGCAUCUUCGGGGAAAUGACAAAUACUGGACACGAAAACUGGGACCCAUACAAGCAUCCAUUGUGGCUACUUCUUGAAAUCGAAUCAAACAUUCUUAUUCGAAAAGAUCAAGUCAAAGUCGCUCUUGCCAUAAUGGAACCAUCGUCGGGAACGAAUUCAGUGCUUCAAAUGAAUAUGGGUCAAGGCAAGACAUCUUGUGUCAUGCCCAUGGUUGUAGCAGAGCUAGCCGACACAAAGCGACUAGCCAGAGUCAUCGUCCCCAAGGCUUUACUCUUACAGACUGCACAAAUAAUGCAAUCUCGUUUGGGUGGACUCCUGGAUCGCCAAGUGCGCCACGUUCCCUUUUCACGGAAAACGCCAACAGAUGAGACAACGAUCAAGACCUAUGUUAGAGUUCACAGAGAAAUAAUGACCUCUUCUGGAGUUAUGAUUUCUUUGCCGGAACAUAUCCUUUCAUUCAUGCUUAGUGGCUUGCAAAGACUUUCGGAUGGCCGACAUGCCGAAGCGGAACUAAUGAUCAAAAUCCAAGAGUUGCUACGAAGGGCCUGUCGUGAUGUCUUGGACGAAAGCGAUGUUACUCUAAGCGCUCGCACGCAGCUAAUCUAUCCGUCGGGGACCCAGGCAAAUGUUGACGGUCAUCCGCAUCGGUGGGAAACAUCGGAGGCAGUGCUGAGGCUUGUUUCGAACCAUUAUUGGGAUUUACAGAAAGAAUUUCCCAGAAGCCUUGAAGUGUUCAAGAGACCGCAAGGGGGUCUUCCUUUUGUCUUUUUCCUCCGGCAAGAUGCGGAAAAUUCGUUGAUUGCACGCUUAGUUCACGAUGUUCUGCGUGGUCACAUCCCAGGGCUACCUAUGGGAGAUCGUCCGCACGCGGACCGUGUGGCUAUCAAGAAGUUCAUAUCGGCGCCCAAAGUUCAUCCCACAACGAGGGCAAGAAUCAACAAAAUAUUCGGCGAGCAAGGAAGUUCUAGGCAGACUCUUCACCUGUUACGAGGCCUCUUUGUCCACAGAAUACUCAUACUCACAUUGAAAAAGCGAUACAACGUGCAAUACGGGCUUCAUCCCAACAGAGACCCUAUUGCAGUACCAUAUCAUGCCAAAGGAGUCCCAUCUGAUCAAGCUGAAUGGGGACAUCCUGAUGUUGCCAUAUUAUUCACAUGCUUAUCCUUCUACUUUGGCGGACUGCAACUGGAGGACCUCAGGCAGAGUUUAUCUCAUGUCUUGAAAUCCGAUGACCCAUCUAGCGGUUACGACAAGUGGACAGAAGGCUCGAUGACACUGCCAGAUUCACUACGUGAGUGGAGCAGCAUCAAUGUUGACGAUGAAUUCCAACUCCGAGAAAUAUGGACGCAUUUACGGCUCGACAUGAACGUCAUUGAUUACUAUCUUAAUCACUUUGUCUUCCCCAGGCAUGCGAAGCAAUUCGACAUCAAGCUCCAGGCUAGUGGCUGGGAUAUCCCGUUGUUUUCUUCCCAGACUCUCACUACAGGCUUUAGUGGAACAAACGAUAACAAGACUAUGUUACCACUCACUGUUAAACAGGGAGAUCUAGACGCUCUGUCCCAUACAAAUGCCGAAGUACUCACAUACCUUUUACAGCCAAGAAACCGAAAGUUUGUCGUCGCGGCGGACAUUGACGGGAAGCACAUAAGUGAGAGGAAGCUCCUAGAACUACUAACUGAUAUGAAAAUUAAGAUUUUGAUCGAUGCCGGUGCACAAAUUCUCGAGAUGGACAAUUUUACUUUGGUACAGACCUGGCUUAACAUCUACACAGAACCCCAGGCGGCUGUGUACUUUGAUUCUGAAAAUCGACCGUACGUUUUGUAUCGCCAAGGAAACAGGUUGCCUCUAUCAGCUUCCUCAUACGCUGAUAACCUUUCUCAAUGCCUGAUUUAUCUUGACGAAGCACACACCCGCGGUACAGAUCUGAGGCUCCCUGCCGAUGCCAAGGGGGCUUUGACUUUGGGUCUUGGACAAACCAAAGAUCACACUGUCCAGGCUGCCAUGCGAUUGAGACAGCUAGCAACUUCACAGUCGAUUACUUUCGUCGCUCCUCCCGAAGUCCACCACAGUAUACUGGAUCAUCGCAAGAAGACAACGCGGGAUACUCUCGACUCACACGACGUUAUAUCGUGGUUACUAAAACAGACUGGUAGCAGCAUAGAGCAAAUGCAACCCUUGUACUUUGCACAGGGAAUGGACUUUUGUCAGCGAAUGGAAGCUGCUUCACGAUACCCUGACUUUCUCACUAAGUCAGCUCACCGGGACCAGUAUCUACGAGUAUUGCGACAAGCCGAAAAGCAGACUCUCGAGCAACUUUAUGGUCCGAAAAAGAAGGACAAGAAGAGUGACAGCCUUAUUUUAGGAUCUACAACUGAGGGUGAAGUGAGCAAUUUCGUCAAGCAGCUCCAAGCUCGUCGCAAACAAUUCCAGGAUACUGGGGCCGCCGUUCACAGCUCAACCCUACAAGAAGUUGAGCAAGAGAGGGAAGUUGCUUUUGAAGUAGAGGCUGUCCGAGAGGUACAAAAACCUGUAGCCUUCCACGCGUUGGCAUUCCCGGGGCUCCAUCCAGACCUCUGGCAUUUCGCGAAAACUGGCCUCCUAUUUCCAGACUUUACAGGGUUGCAGAAUGCUUUCGCAUCUCUAAAGUAUACUCAAGUUGGCAAGAAGUACGGCAUGACUAGAUUUGCAUCGAAGUCCAAGCUAUACGUCUCGAGGGAGUUUAUGAGAACAGUGAAACUGCCUGAAGGCCAGUUCAAUGACAACCUCGUGCGCCCCAUAAAUUGGGUUCUUUGGAGCAUGGUGACAGAGAAUGCUGUGGUCGUUAUCCCAGAAGAGGCAGAAAUCAUCAUCCCCCUACUUCGAGAGGCUCCCGACAAUGGCGUUUAUCUCAUUACAUAUUCCGCACCAUUGACCCGUGCUAUGGUACACUUCAACGAUUUCUCCUAUUACAGCGUACCUCCCAUGCCGACGACUUGGAAAGCCCCUGAUUGGUUGAAAACAGAGCUUGGAAUUCUAGCAGGUCGCGUCUACUUUGAGUUUGACGAAUAUCACAACAUCUGCGACUUUCUUGAAGAUAGUCCAGAGAAAAAGGAAACAGGUUCUCUUUUAGGUACUUGGGAAGAUGUAUCGCUUGAAAUAGAUGAAUGCAUGAUGAUGGAUGAAGAAGAUGAAGAACAAGACCUCGAACCUGGCCAGAUCGUUGACCUCGACAAGACAGCUGCAAACUCGAACAAGAGUCCAGUACUAUUUCUUCAAGAAUGGUUGGCUCUUAGACGCCGCGGGCAAGAUUUCACCCACACACCAGUGGGUUAUAUCUGCCAAGGCAAAGUCCUCGAUGCCGAUCAUCCAUUCUUCUCUAGGCGUGAGAGAUGUGUCGCCAAUGUGGGCAUAAGUGAUGUCACAAAGGGACACGAGAUGUCCGACUCGGACGACUUUGAUGAUGGAGAAGGGGAUGAGUUUGAAUUCGACGACGAUCUCCACAUCGACGAGGCUAUGUAG